GGUCGCUGUUGCUCACAUCACAGCGGCCGGACGCACCGAGGAAGCGCAAGACAGUUUGAGAGAAUCCAUCGAUGGGGCAAGGAGAUGUACCCACUGCCGGUACGGCGGCGCCUGGCACCGCGUAUCGUGAGAUUACCAAGAGCCCCAAGCCUUCGUCAGCGGAAAUCACGACAGACAACGCCGCCCCGAGUGAGUAUCGCCAACUGUACUUGAAUCCCCGAGGCAACGAGGUGCACGGCCCGUUCUGUACCAACGUUGUGAUCACGUCCAAGUACACCGUAUGGUCGUUCUUGCCCAAGUUUACCGUCGAGAGUUUUGCCAAGCUCGCGAACGCGUACUUUCUCGUCGUGUCGGCGCUGCAGUGUAUCCCCGCGAUCUCCAACACCAACGGCAUUCCAUCGUCGUUGCCCGUGUUGCUGUUCAUCUUGGCGGUGGACGGCACGUUGGCCAUCAUCGAAGAUCGCCGCCGCCACUUGGCAGACGAGGAAGCCAACUCGGCCAAGUGCAAUGUCGUGAACCGCAGCACCGGCGCCUUGGAGACGAUCCUGUGGUCAGCUUUGCAGGUCGGCCAAAUCGUCAAGCUGGACAACCGCGGCACCGCGCCCGCGGACUUGUUGAUUUUGGCCGUGCAUGAAGUGGACGUGGACCACAAGGCGGGCAUUUGCUACGUCGAAACCAAGUCGUUGGACGGCGAAACCAACUUGAAACUUCGACAAGCGAUGGAAAGUACUCUGGAAGUGCAAACUGAAGCCGAAGUGUCAGCACUGCACGGUCGGGUCGAGUGCGAGCAGCCCAACAAAGCCAUCAGCCGCUUUGCUGGGUCAUUCUUUGUCGACCAACACGAUGGAUAUAUCGCGAACGAUCCGAUUUCAAUCAAAAACAUCUUACUGCGCGGGUGCCAACUCCGCAACACCGAGUGGAUGUACGGGCUCGUGCUCAACACAGGCCCCGACACGAAGAUCAUGCAGUCGUCGGCCAAACCAGUGGCCAAAUGGAGUUCCAUCAACGGUCAAGUGAACCGAAUGAUUCAAUGGUUGUUGCUUUUGCUUGUGCUGCUCUGUUCGGGGUCGGCCACGGCAUAUGUAUUCUGGGACAACACGUUCAAUGCGUAUGCGUGCGCGACGGCUGUGCCCCCGACUUGUUAUUUGAGUUUGGAAACCAACAGCGCGGUCCAGCGCUGGUUUGUCGGGUUUGGCCAAUACUUUCUGCUCAUGUACCAAAUCAUCCCCGUGUCGCUGUAUGUCACGAUUUCGACGGUCAUGUUUUUGCAAGCGAUCUUCAUGUCUUGGGACCUGGACAUGUACUUUGAAGAGCUCGACGUCCGCAUGAUUGUGCGGACGAUGGGGCUCAACGAAGAAUUGGGCCAGAUUUCCUAUGUCUUUUCCGACAAAACCGGCACGUUGACGUGCAACGUGAUGGAAUUCCGCAAGUGUUCGAUCAACGGCGUCAGUUAUGGCCUUGGCACGACGGAAAUUGGUCGAGCGGCGCUGAAACGCAAGGGCCUCCCCGUGCCUGAAGUUCCCGUGUCGAAAAAAGGGGCGAAAGUGCCCUAUGUGAACUUUGAAGACCCGAGAUUGCACCAGAAAUUGACAGCCAUUCCGUUAAACAGCUCCACCAACUGGACGAAAGAAGCCGAAUUUUUCUUGCACUUGGCGAUUUGCCACACGGUGAUCCCAGAGCAAGCAACCGACAAGCACGGCGACGCGGUGCUCCGGUACUCUGCGUCGUCCCCGGACGAGCAGGCGCUGGUGUCGGCGGCCAAGUUCUUUGGGUUUGCAUUCGAGUCGCGGGGCUUGGGCGUGGCGCGCGUCCGCGUGACCAACAAAUCACUGCAGCAGGACCCGUCUGCGUCGAGCGAGUUGUGGGAGUUCAAAGUGCUGGACGUGCUCGAGUUCAACUCGGACCGGAAGCGCAUGAGUUGUGUGGUGCAAGACCCGAACGGGGCGUUCAUGUUGCUCACCAAGGGCGCGGACAACGUGAUCACUCCGCUGCUGGCCAACGACAACGACGCGGACGUGGUCGCGGCGACGCUGGAGCAGCUGCAGACGUUCGCCGACGACGGCCUCCGCACGCUCACAAUCGCCAAGAAGGUGAUUCCCACAGCGUACUACCACCAGUGGACCAAGCGGUACAAGGCCGCGUGCGCGUCGCUGGACCAGAUUGACAAGCGCAAGAAUGGCCACCCGAACGACAUUGACGCGUGCAUGGUCGAGAUGGAGCAAGAUCUGGUGCUGCUGGGCGCCACGGCCAUCGAAGACAAGCUCCAGGACAACGUUCCGCGCGCCAUCGCCCGCCUCAUGGAGGCCGGCAUGAAGGUGUGGGUGCUCACGGGGGACAAGCAGGAGACAGCAAUUAAUAUUGCGUACGCGUGCCAGCUCAUGGACAACGACAUGAUGCAGUACGUGUUCAACUUGGACGAGUACCCGGACCUGGCGUCGCUGCGCGCGAGUCUCGCCUUGUGUGUGGCCGACCUCGACCAAGUGGAAAUCACGCGGCGGUCGCUUGUGAUCGACGGCGAUGCGCUCGAAAUGGUCAUGGCCGACACAGAUGAUGCGUGUGCCAUGUUUUUAAAAGUCGCCAUGGAAUGUGCGUCCGUCGUGUGCUGCCGCGUGUCGCCGUCUCAAAAGGCCGAAGUCGUGGGGCUUGUUCGGGCCAACAACGUCAAAGCUCGCACGCUCGCGAUUGGCGACGGCGCCAACGACGUGGCGAUGAUCCAGCGCGCCCAUGUUGGCGUCGGCAUCUGCGGCAUGGAAGGCAUGCAAGCGGUCAACUCGAGCGACUAUGCGAUCGGCCAAUUCUAUUUCCUAGAAAAGUUGCUGCUGCACCAUGGCCGAUUGAAUUACGUGCGCAUGUCCAAGUUGGUCGGGUACAUGUUUUACAAGAACAUUAUGAUGGCUUUGGCCCAGUACUUUUACUUGUACACGACAGGGUCAUCGGGGCAAAAAGCGUACUCUGAAAUUGCAUUCCAAGCGUACAACUUGGCGUUUACGUCCAUGCCUAUUGUGGUGCUCGGCGUGUUCGACUACGACGUGCCGUGGGCGGUCGGCCAGCGCUUUCCGGCGCUUUACAAGCCAGGCAUCACGGGCGAAUUGUUCAACACGACGGUGUUCUUCAAGUGGAUUGCCGCGUCGAUUUUCGAGUCGGCCGUGAUCUUCAUCGUGACUGUGUACGGGUACAAUCAACUGGAGCAAGGCCUCGGCAGCGGCGACUUGCAGCAAUAUGGCAUCCUCCUCUUUGCCCUUGUCGUGUUUGUGUGCAACUUCAAGAUCAUCCCGAUGCAACAAUCGUGGCUCGUGAUUGGCGGCGUCGUGUGGUGGCUGGGCGUAUUGUCGUACAUUCCACUGUGUUUGUACCUGGAAUCGAGCUGGUAUUGGCUCUCGUCGAGCGAUUUCGGCGCUACUCAAAACACGUUGGAUGGUGGGGUGUUUUGGCUCAUCAUUCCCGUUGCCAGUGGCAUGUGUUUGCUGCGCUUCUUCUCGUGGGUGGUGUUCCAGCGCCGGUUCUACCCGUUCUUGUGGCAAGUGGUCCAAGAAAAAUACGUGUUGGGUCAAUUGGAAUCGCCGCCGUGUCGUGACGUGGAAACGGGCACCCGACCAGUGGACGACACGUUCCACGAAGGCGCGGGGGGGUACCUCCGCCAUUCGCACCAUAGCACGUCGUCGUCGCAGUCGGUGUCCCGCAGGAACAGCGGGUUUGCAUUCAGCUCGGACCCGCAGUCGUCCAUGGCGGAAGGCAUCAUGAUCACGAGCACCAAGGACUCGCGCGCGUCGGCCAUGAAGACGGCCGAGGGUCGCAUCCGGGUGACGAGAUUGGAGCAGCGCUCGUCGGAUUAUGCGCUGACCCGCGAAGCCAAGCAACCGUCGGGCUACUUCAUCUAGAGUGGAGCAGCGGUAGUUCUUCUCGUUUCAAUCGAGUUUAUAAUACUACAUACAACAGUAACAUUGUAAUAUGUUUUGCAACG